AUGUCAGCAAGACAACUAUUCCAAAAGGCUAAGAAUUAUAAACCUGAUCUUUUAAAAAGUAUUCAAAAAAUCAAUCGUAUUAUUGCAAAUCCAGAAAAUUCAUUUAAAUUAGAUGGAUCAAAAUUUAAAGAACUUGAAUUAUCAGUAUAUCAUCAUCAACAACAACAACAACAACAAUCUAAAAUAGUUGAUAAAUCAAAUUUAGGUAUUAAUCAAUUAAUUAAAGAGAAAUUACCAAGUUUAAAAUAUCAUAAUCCAAAUUUAAAAUUUACUAUUCAUAAUAUUUUAAUAAAUGAAGAAAAUUCUAAUAAAGAUAUUAAAAUUGAUAAUUUAUUAAAAAUUCAUGGUUUUGAAGAUAAAGAUAAUUUAAAUAUCGAAUGUUCUGGUAAAUCAGGUAGUAAAAUUUUUGAUGAAUUAAUUCAACGUACUGGUGCUGUGAAAAUUAAUGAACUGGAACUUGUUGAAAUUCCAACUCAUCCAACUAAAUAA